AUUUAAGGGAAAGGACCAAUUUUGAAAGUGGAGACACUCUUGAAACAAAGUCUCCAAUCAAACUGCCCUCUAACAAUGAGCAAACUGAAUGACGUCAACGUCUCCGACAUCGUUGGCAGCAAUUACGAGGGCUACCACGAGGCCACCGAAGGAGAAGAUGUAAGCUCGAAUAACAGCACAACGGCCUCAAUUUCGUCUUCUGCAUCCUUUUCAUCGGACGAUAUCGAUGGAAUUCAAACGUCUUCACCAACUGUUGGAAAUAGCUUAGACGGGAAAAGCAAAGAUCUUUGGUGGAUCCACGGAAAUGGAUACGAUUUGAUGGAUUUUGUCAAAGAUCACCCCGGUGGAAUCGAAGCAAUUCUAUUGGGAAAAGGUCGCGAUUGCACUGCUUUGGUUGAAUCAUAUCAUGCAUUCAGUGGUGAACGAGUGUGGAAAAUACUCGAGAAACACCGCGUCGUUCAAGAGGAGCAUGAACAGACAGAAGAGUUGGCAGGCGUAUCAGCACGCAGGGCAACACCAAUCAAACAACAUCCAGGUCGAGUCCCUGAUUUCUUUUAUGAAAUCUUGAAAGAAAGGGUGACGAAAGCAUUGAGGUCGAAAGGGAUUGACCCCGUCAGAGAUCGUGGAGCAUCAACGAUUAGGAUCGCAUAUUAUAUCCUGAUCUUUGGGUCGUGGUUGUACACUGGGUAUCUCCAUUGUUCGGUAAGAUUUUCGCUCCUAUUGUCCCCCUUCUGUGCCAUACCUUGUUAUCGUGCUUUCAUUUGACCGUGGAGAAACGAACUAAUUUUGUGCUGUGCCUUUUAUCAAUUACACGGAAAAAACGGCUCAAAUCGAUGCAGGGAAGCACCUUCGGUUCUUUCGCGUUCGCUCUCGUUGGAUGGUUGAUGGGUGCGUUGGGACAUGACGCGGGGCAUUUUGCAGCGAGCCGUCGGGCAGCAGUCAAUGAGUAUGGUGUUUGGGCGAUGUCAAACAUAUGCAAUCCUGUUAUGUGGCAACAGCAACACACGUAUGCGCAUCAUUCUUACACAAAUGAGUUCGAUCGCGAUCCCGAUUUGCAUCAUUUUGACUUGCUCUUGCGGGUUCACAAGAAGUUCAACUACCAACCCAAGUAUCGGUGGCAGUCGAGUUUCUUAUAUGUUUUAUUUGCUUAUAUGUUUGUUGUGUUCGGUACUUGCCUCUGGAUUCCCUGGGGGGUUUUAAGCGAAGGUACCUUGUAUGGAAUGGUCGAUUGGCACGAUAAGGAUCGACCGAUGAGAUACUAUGGGAUGUGGUUUCACCUUCUUUUAUACAUCGGAAUCAUAGUUAUUGUUCCGAUAUUUACCCACGAAUCAUUUGUGAAGGCUGCACUGGCGACCUAUAUUCACAUUGCUACAAUAGGCAUCACAUUUGCGUUUUUCUCUCAAAUCAAUCACUUGAACGAACACUCGCUCGAAACUGAUAUGGUUUCUCGUGAGAAACAGUACAAAAAGUUGGACAGCAAUAAACAGGAUCCGCGAUUAGCGAGUUCAUGGGCUGCCGCUCAGGUAGAAACUUCGAACAACUUCGCGUCGCAAUCCAUUUUCUGGCAUGUCUUAUCGAACGGACUCAACCAUCAGAUCGAGCAUCAUUUGUUUCCUGGUUUGAAUCAUGGGCACUUGGAAUACAUCGCACCUGUUGUGAAACAGACGUGUGAGGAAUUUGGAGUUGGGUACAAAUCAUACGAUACCUGGAGCGAUUUGUUGAAUGCAACACUGGAAUGGUACGACAAACUGAGCGUCGGUGGUGACAUUGACGACGAUGUUGCUGCCGCUGUUCCCGAUAUCAAGAGGAUUAAAAUUUCGUGACAAACUUUAGCUCUUAUGAGCUUCCACUCCACCUUCGAGAUAUCGCUAUGUUUGAUAAAAGAAAUUUAAAUUGUGUUUGUUUUCAUACUGUGGCAAAGAUAUUGCCUGUCGUGGCUAAUACAAAAAAUAAAUGUCG